UAAAUAUCCUUUGCUUUGGAACUUCCUGUGGAAGCCCCUCCGUCCGUUCCUUUGAUUCUUUGUACUAGUUUUUUCUUCAGCGAGAGAGAGAGAGAGAUAUAUAUAAAAAAUGCCUUCGAUGUACACUCGUCUUUUCGCUGCGCUUUGCGCUCUUGCGACCACUGCGAAUGCUGUCACCACUAUCGAGGUGAAGGGCAAGGACUUUAUCAACAGCAAGACCGGUGAUCGUUUCCAGAUCCUGGGUGUCGAUUACCAACCCGGCGGCUCUUCUGGCUUCAAGAAGGACAAGGACCCUCUCAGCGACAAGGAUGCAUGCUUGCGUGAUGCCGCUCUCAUGCAGCGCUUGGGUGUGAACACCAUCCGUGUCUACAACUUGUCGCCCAGCCUCAACCAUGACGACUGUGCCUCCAUUUUUAACGCUGCCGGCAUCUACAUGAUCCUGGAUGUCAACUCCCCUCUGUACGGCAGCUACAUUGACCGUACCGCCCCCAAGAGCAGCUACAACGCCGUCUACUACGAACAGGUCUUCGGUGUCAUUGAGGCCUUCAAGAAUUACCCCAACACCCUCGGUUUCUUCGCCGGGAACGAGGUGAUCAACGAGCAGAGUGUCAAGGAGGUUGCCGCUUACAUCCGUGCCGUCCAGCGUGACAUGAAGGACUACAUCAAGAAGAACGUCGACCGCUCCAUCCCUGUUGGUUACUCCGCCGCUGACAUCCGUCCCUGGUUGAUGGAUACUGUGAACUACUUCAUGUGCGAGGACUCGGAUGAGCCGAGCUCCCAGUCCGACUUCUUCGGUCUCAACUCCUACUCGUGGUGCGGUGACUCGUCCUACAAGAAGGCCGGUUACGACAUCUUGACCGAGGACUUCAAGGACGCCUCCAUACCCGUCUUCUUCUCUGAGUACGGCUGCAACGAAGUGACGCCUCGUGUCUUCACCGAGGUGCAGGCCAUCUACGGUGAGGAGAUGACCCAGGCCUUCUCUGGUGGUCUGGUCUACGAGUACACCCAGGAGGCCAACAACUACGGUCUCGUCAAGAUCAACGACAGCGACACUGUCACUUUGCUCGUCGACUAUGAGAACCUGCAGAAGCAGUACGCUAAGCUCGACAUGGACCGCAUCCAGGCCUCUAACUCGACCCAGACUUCCGCCAAGGCUCCCAAGUGCAGCUCCGACCUGAUCAAGAACGGCACCUUCCUGAGCAAGUUCGACCUGCCCUCCCGCCCCUCCAAGGUCCAGGACAUGAUCGACAACGGUCUGUCCAAGGCCAACACCGGUAAGCUGGUCGAUGUCUCGACCACCGCCGUCUCUCAGAAGAUCUACGACCACACCGGCAAGGAGGUCACCGGCGUCCAGCUGAAGGCCCUUUCCAGCGGCGAGUCCAACACCCCCGGUAACAGCACCUCUGGAAGCUCCGGCUCCGGCUCCGGCUCCGGCUCCAGCAGUGACAACACCCAGGACAACGCAGCCGGCAAGAUGACCGCUUCCUUCAUGGGUCUGGUGGUCGGUGCCGCUGUGGCCGCGGUCUCCGUGCUGUAAUCAAUCGACUUCGUUGUGUUGUAUUUUCAUAUUGCGUGCGUUAAAUAAACUUCAUGUAUUGUUUUCCUUCGUGACCGAGAUGACUCUGGGAUGGUCAGCAAGUUUAUGAUACCAGUUCUGGGAUACUGGGACAAUUGACCUACUGGAGAUGUUAUUUAGAAUGGAGUCUUUUCACUUCCCAUCGGUAGCACGGUUUCUUUAUAAGUUUAAUUUGUAGAAAGCUUCAUACGAAGGGAACAUGAUCC